UGGUGUUGGUGUUGUUGAAGAAGAAAUGGGGAAAGGAAGAGCUCCAUGUUGUGAUAAGAACGAAGUGAAGAGAGGGCCAUGGAGCCCUGCUGAAGAUUUCAGGCUCAUCACUUUCAUUCAAAACCAUGGCCAUGAUAAUUGGAGAGCUCUUCCUAAGCAAGCAGGAUUGUUAAGGUGCGGAAAAAGUUGUCGCUUAAGAUGGAUCAAUUACCUUCGACCAGAUGUGAAGCGAGGAAACUUUACACAAGAUGAAGAGGAGACCAUAAUCAAGCUGCAUAAAACUUGGGGAAACAAGUGGUCUAAAAUUGCAUCUCGAUUGCCUGGGAGAACAGAUAAUGAGAUAAAGAACGUUUGGAAUACACAUUUAAAGAAGAGAUUACCGCCAACGAGCAAAGUUUCGGACAGCUCCGAAGACGAACCAAAAGAAUCUCGAACAACUUCAUCUUCGUCCUCCUCCAGCGUACUCUUCCCCAAUGAAAAUCAAAACUUAGAGACAGAACCACUGAACAAGAGCAACCCCAUUAACGACAACCUGGUUUGCUCGAAACAACAAACCACCAGUGCUUCCAUUUCAUCGAACUCAAUUUCAAGUAGCCAAGUUGAGGGAUGUUGGCCCCAAAACGGCGUUGAUUCUGGAGGGGAAGUGAAAGAGAAGAAAGAGAAUGAUGAUGAUGAGGAGGAAAUGGGAUCGAAGUCCAACAACAUGGGAAUCAAAAUCCCAUUGGAAUCGGACAUAGAAUUUUGGGACAUGUUAGAUUUAGACAACAUACAUUUAUUCGAAUCGGACGAGGUGAAUCCAAGUUAUUGUGAAGGUUCAAACUUCGUCGUACAAAAGAACCGAGAAUUCGAAAACGACGAGUGGUUUAAGUAUCUAGAGAAUGAGUUGGGAUUGAACCGGCCACCGGAAGCCGAUGAUAUAACGGCCACGGAGAAGUUUUCAGUGGACGUGGACCCUUGCAUGGCUUAUUUUGCAGAAGGGUUCACACGACAACUUUAGAGAAA